UCAAUGUUCGAAGGCCAAGACGAUUGGGGGCGCUUUAUUGAAAAUCGACGAUCGGCUAGAUUGUAAAUCCAAAAUGGCAGGCGACGAAGAAAGAAGACUUGAAGGUGACCCACCAGAAGAUGAGGAAGAAGAGGAGGAGGAAGAAGAAGACCUCAUUGACCCUGCGGAUGCUAUACGAGAGUCGUGCCAAGAUCUCGCGGAAAGCCAAGCCUUGAAGGCAGAGCUUGAUGAGUGCACAGCAAGAGUGCAAAGUCGAAGCAAUACUGAAGAGACAUGUACUCAAGAAUUAUUUGACUUUCUUCACUGUGUAGACCAUUGUGUUUCACAAAAGAUAUUUUCGCAUUUGAAAUAACAAAGGCAUAUCACAAAUUUGCAUUAUAAGGAUUUGAAUGUGAUUUCAGCAAGAGUUGUAUUACUAGGAAUGUUAACUUUGUUUUACUCCUUAGUAUGUAAAACACCCACAUAUUUAUGGGUUCAACAUCUUCGAAAGUAAACGAAAUCAGAAUGCUCAUACAGGCCGCCUAUUGGAAGAAGACAUUCUACCCUAGCAUUUAACACCUUUCUCGAUAAAUAAUAAAGGAUAAAUUAAUAAUUAUAUAACUGGAAAUUAUUUCACCAAAUAGUAAACCAUAAAAAUAUAAUGAUAACAGAAUAAUAAAAACAUGAUAUUUAUGUUCAAAAUGGUAACAUGUUUCAUAUUGAGUUGGAGUUUUAUAAUAUUAAGAUUUGCUAUUGAACUGAGAUGACUUACCCCCUCUGGUUAUUGAGGAUGCAUUAGUAAUUAUAAGACAAUGCAGAUUCUGUGUUAACUGUCAAUAUAUGACUUACCAUCCUGAUUGAGCUAACUUAACAUCCUGUCAAUUUAAAGGAAAUUCUCACAUUGCCUUGUGAUAGUCUAAAUCUAUACUACUAUAUUAAACUAUAUAAAUUGUGUACUACAUCUAAUACUAGUACAUUAGUAGAAUUGUGACUUGUAUCAAUGUCAUGGUUAAUGAGUUCUUUAAUGUUCGCCAGUGAAAUCAAUAAAUAGAAUUUUGAAAUGUUAUAUGCAAA